CACACACUCAGCUCAAUUACUUGGGAGGCAGUGAGUUGUUGUAAAGUUGCAAGAGAGAGAUCAGUUGUUGAGUGCGUGGAAGCAGAGAUCAGGAAGAUGCUGGAGAAGCUGUGGGACGACGUGGUGGCCGGGCCUCGACCGGAGACCGGCCUGGAGAAGCUCCGCAAGGCCGCUACAACCCGCCCCCUUGUCAUCAACAAAGAUGGCGACGGCGAGGCGAGCGGGGCGGCGUACAAGCGGACGCAGUCGAUGCCGACGACCCCGACGACGCCGGUGACGCCGUCGUCUUCGUCUCCGACGACGACGGCGACGACGACGCCGCGGGGCAGCAACGUGUGGAGGAGCGUGUUCCACCCGGGGAGCAACCUCGCCACCAAGAGCCUCGGCGCCAACCUCUUCGACCGCCCGCAGCCCAACUCCCCCACCGUCUACGACUGGCUGUACAGCGACGAGACCAGGAGCAGCCAUCGCUGAACUAAAUAAUCCCAUUGAUCGGAGGCUGGUCGAUCUCUCUGUCACGCCACGUUUGCUGGUCCUUGUGGUUAUCUAAUACGUAAUUAAUUAUCUAGUAUGUUGCUAUCUUAUCUUGUUACUCUGUUCCUAGUAGCUUGCUGUCUCUGUUAGUACUACCAGAGACCGGUACGUGUCAGCUAGCCUGCUGGCUCCUAUCAAGGGCUAGCGACAACCCAAAGAAGUGUGUUUGUGUGUAAACAUCUUCCAUGUGUAAAUACUGCCAUGUGUUUCCCUACUUUCAGCGUUUAAUUACCUUUGAUGUGAUAAUACCAAUACCAGCUUGAGAUAUUU